AUGUCAUCUUCCUUCAACCCUGCCUUCACCACCUCGGACAUCCUAGCCUGCCAGUUCUCAUCCUGGUACAAGGACUUUGCUCCUGUCAGCAUCCGAUCGACCAUUAUCCCUCUGAGCGCAGAGUUUCUCGCGUAUCUUGACGAAGAUGGCGUUUUCGUGCCUGCAGGAUCUGAGGGUGUAACGGAAGAGGAUCACCUCCUAGAUGGAAAGGAUGACAGUGACUCGGACGAAGACGAAGGGGAGACCAGACGUUACUCGUUUCCCGAACUCGAUGCGCAGAUAAGAGCUGUCGUCGCACAGUACGGCGGUGUGUUUCCAAAACUCAAUUUUACCUCGCCAAAGGACGCUGCUUGGGUUCUCCCUCCAUCAUCGCCGCUUAAAUGCACAUCGCCGGCUGACGUUUACCUUCUCCUGAAAUCAUCCGACUUCAUCCCCCACGAUUUGCACGCCCCCAGCGUCUUCGAAGGCUGCAUAGAUGCAAGUUCACCCACAGCGCCGGGUUACCAACUGGAGCUUGUCCUGAGGAAGUGGUACUCGGUGGAUCGCAGUCGCGAGUUUCGGUGCUUCGUGCGGGACAAUGCAUUGAUCGGCAUAUGUCAGCGCGACACCAACUUCUAUGACUAUAUGCUCGAGAGGGAGACUCGCGACAAGAUCCUCUCGACUGCUACGAAGUUCUGGACAGAGGAAGUUAAGAAGCGAUGGAAGGGAGGUGAAAACUAUGUGUUCGACAUCUUGUUCACUCGCGACCUGUCGCGAGCGCACGUCGUAGACAUCAAUCCCUACGCUCCUCGCACAGACACGCUUUUCUUCAGCUACGAGGAACUUGAAGAACUUCACGUCCGAAGCCAAUCUUCCCCGGACUCUACCACAAUCCCAGAGCUCCGCACUAUCACAUCGCACGGUGAAGUCGCCUCCGCACCAGCCAACCAACACAACAUGGUGCCCAUGGAGGCACUCAGCCUUGGUGCGGACCAAGGUGCUUGGGCGGACGCGAUCCAGGAGGCGGUCCGUAAUCAAAAGGCGGAUGACGAUGGGUAAAAUCGGGUAUAUGCAUUCAGAUCGUCUACAAAGAAUAGAUAUCAUGAUACAUGGCAUUUCCUACCGAUACAAUAUGGUGUCGUACAAACUACGUCUGUCCCUUAGGCAGUAAACUAGUCCACUUCAUGAGUCGUGUACCAAUGUUGAUAUGCGACGUUUCGUCUAGUUCAGUAAAACGUCCUCUACGCGGCCUUCCGCCGCGAAUGACCCUCCCGGGUCCCGGAUAACGAUGUGCUUGGAAAUAUGAAGUCUCAUUUGGACUUCGCCAGACGCGCAAGGUGCGAGCAGGUCGAAUUGAGCGAGGAGAGUCCGUGUACACGACUUGUCGGCGCCAUACUCCUCCGUUCGCAGCAUGCUAUCAUGCUGUCGAACCCUAGUCGUCAAGGUGCCUCCAGACUCCUGAUAAUCUCGUCGAGAACCCCCUUGGCCUCACACGAGACGUCCGCAUUGCAGAUAAACCGCUUCGUCGACUUGACGGCUGCAAGAAGCUUACUCUCCAUAUCCCUCCCCACGUCCCGCUCUGUGUCGGCAACAGUGUCCGAGUCCGAGUCUGCGAUAGGGAGGGUUGCUGAACGGUUCGCGAUGACAAAGUCGAGCGUGAUCUGCGCGAGCUGGGGAAGGAGCGCGUCGCCGAAGCCUUCGUGCCGCCAGAGCGCGUAGGGAGGCUUGCUCAUAUAGCCCCAGGCACUGGAUAGAAGAGUCCAUAUGUGUCGUCCGCGGAUGACAUGUAGAAUGUCGGCUUUGUUAGGGUAUUGGCUGUCGUGCGAAGGUCGGAGGAGAAGAAGAUAGAGCGCGAAGCUGCCCGAAAUGUUCUCUAGCUGGAAGCGUGGUAAUUCGUCGAGUGUGCCCGCAAUGAUUUGCGAGAUACUGUUGUACCGAUCCGAGUCUGCUGGGUUGAUGCUGUGAGCGAGCUCUGCGUGCGCGAGCUUGAAAGCAAUCGCGAGAUGCUGGAGGUCUUCUUCGUAGAACUCCAGGCUCUCAUUCGGUGACGUGUGUCCGCUUUUCAUGGGACAGAUAUUGUAGAAGAGGGCAGCGUUGAGCGAGGGCGGUAUGUGCGUGAGGAGUUGAAGGUGAAGCGAUUCAUCGGGACGGGGAUGAUCUCCGAGGCAGCGUGCAGCUUGUAGUGCGGCGAGGCGGACGCGAGACGGUUUGUCGUGACCCAGAGCAAAGGCGAUGGCACUGAGGUAUUCUGCUCGUUUCUCGACGGUCCCAGAUCCUUGAACUCGACUGAGGGUUAGGAGCGCGUCAGUAACCGCGUUUUUGGAGAAGCGACGGCAAUGGUGCGAAAGGAAGUCGACCAGCCAACCGAAAUCCUCUGAGCAGAGCGCUCGGACAGGAACCGUGAUAUGCCGUGAAGACCCGUCCCCCCGACCAUAGUUGGUCGCCACGCUUAAGCGCAGGGCUGAGCACGCAUCUUGCCAACAACGCGAUGUCUUGAAUGGCGGGGCUCCUGCUUUUGUCUGUUCAGUGGCCUCUCUGACGAGAGUACGGCAGAGCUGGAAGGCCCAGCGAGGUAUAUCAUGGUCGAAAGAAGUAGUGUGGAACGCCUCGAUCUCCAUGAUGUUUGACAACGGACCAAGGAAAUCAAUUGCAUGUCUGACAGCUGGGUGCAUACUUUGAAUCGAGUUCGGGCUCGGGCUAGCGCUCAAGACUUCUUUGAGCCUCUGGAGAAUCUGUGCCAAGAGGGGACCAACUACUGAACUUUUGUCGAUCUUCUCAAGAUCUCUGGGAUCAAAUUUGAGUCCGAGCACCAUUCCCAUUGCCAACAGCGCAUUGGCCAUGAUAUUCCCUGGAGGCAAAGGCUGGGUCAGGAGGCGCGCCACCGCAUCCACGACGACCUCAUCGAGAUGCGGCGAGUCAGAAGAGCG